AUGCAAGCACAAAAAUCGGCGGUAAAAUCGGCGGUCGUGGUACCCCUCUACAUUUAUCCCCUGUCCGCCGAGUCCUGGGCUCCUCUUUAUGCAGCAAUUGAAACGAAUCCCACUCUCACCUUCCUGGUCAUCGUGAACCCCAACAGCGGCCCUGGGCUCCCUGAACACCCCUCCCCCGAUGCCAGCUACAGCCAACAAGUGCCACGGCUGAAUGCCUACCGCAAUGUCCUCACAAUCGGCUACAUCCGGGUCGACUACUGCCGGAAACCCCUGCAAGAAGCACUAGCCGAGAUUGCGCGGUAUGCGUCCUGGUCGGAGCACUAUGAGACAACGGGGCUCGGCGUGCGCGGGAUCUUUGUGGACGAGACGCCGAACCAUUAUUCGCGAGAGAAAGAAGAGUAUCUCAGAUCGAUUACGAGUUUCGUAAAAGAGUGUCCGGGGAUUCUGGACGAGAAGCUUAUCGCUCACAACCCAGGCACACCCCCCGACGUCCGUCUCGCCCAGCCUGCCGAGGUGACCUUUGUUUGCGAAGAGUCAUACGCUCGCUUCCGCUCAGACGAGGUCCAGAACUGGCUGGCAGCUCACCCCGUCGACCGGGAUCGCGCCGGGUACAUGAUUAGCGGGGUGCCGGUGGAUGAGCUGCCUCAGCUAGUGCGGGACUUGCGGACCCGGGCGGCUUGGCUAUUUGUUACAGAUGUGAAGGAGAAUUUUUACGAGCGGUUUAGCGAUGCUUGGAGAGAUGGGACGUUUAUAAGGGCGCUUCAUGGAAAGAACCAGUGCUGA